GCGUCCCACUUUCUCUCUCUCCUCUGUUUCUGUUUCUCUCUCUGCUGCGGCAACAAAUCCAAUUCAACGAUGGCCGAAUCCCAUGUAGCGACAUCUCCCUAGGAAUAGCCCAGAACAAUUCUCCCUUGAUAUUUUUCCCAAGAAAUUGAAGAAAUGGAUGGGGGAUGGAUUGAAUUCAACAAUAAUGCGCUGGAAUUCUUCAACAGUCCCGCGCUAAUGGAAGCAUUCGUCGACAUAUUGGUUUGCGCGGUGCCGAUUUGGGUGGCCGUGAUGAUCGGCUUGGCUUGCGGGUGGUCAUGGCGGCCGAGGUGGACCGGGUUGGUUUUCCUUGGUUUCCGAUCCAAACUCCGAUUCCUUUGGACCCUUCCCCCGGGGUUGGGCGCGCGGAGAUUCUGGCUCGCGUUCACGGCGCUUUCGGCCUUUUCCCUGUGUCGUGGUCUUUGGUCUCGGUCUCGUGGCAGGAGCCGUAAGCUGGAGAAGUCGUUGUCAGCUCAGGAGCUGGUGGGUUCGGCUUCUAGUUCGGCUCCGGCGGCUGCCGCACAGGAGUUGGUCGUGGUUGAUGAUGCUAGCUGUGGAGAGAUCAAUCCUGUCUCUGGAGCCCCAGAUGGUCUAUCAAAUAGUGUUACAGAAAAAGACCUGGAGCACCUACUAAAUCUUCUUGAUGGGAAAGAUGGGGAAAUGGCAUGGCAAAGCAUGAUGGAGCGCUCUACAUCUAACAUGACAUACCAAGCCUGGCGACAUGAGCCUGAGAUGGGCCCAACAGUGUACCGCAGCAAAACCAUUUUUGAAGAAGCAACUCCUGAGCUGGUUAGAGAUUUUUUCUGGGACGAUGAGUUUCGGCCUAAAUGGGAUCCUAUGCUUGUGUAUGUCAAAAUACUAGAAGAAUGCCCUAAUACAGGGAUGAUGAUUGUCCACUGGAUUAAGAAGUUCCCUUUCUUCUGUAGCGAUCGAGAAUAUAUCAUUGGGAGGAGAAUAUGGGAAGGAGGGAAAACUUAUUUUUGUGUGACAAAGGGGGUACCAUAUCCAAGUGUGCCAAGGCGUGACAAACCUAGGCGUGUUGAUCUUUAUUUCUCAAGCUGGGUUAUCAAGCCUGCGCAUUCUCGUAAAGGAGAUGGUCAGUUGUCUGCAUGCGAGGUCAUGCUUAUUCACUAUGAGGACAUGGGAAUCCCAAAAGAUGUUGCUAAGUUGGGCGUUCGCCAUGGAAUGUGGGGAACAGUUAAGAAAUUACAUGCCGGUUUUAGAGCAUAUCAAGCUGCUAGAAAGUUAGAGGCAUCACUCUCCCGGUGUGCUCUCAUGGCAAGAAUCACCACCAAGAUUUCAACCGAUGAAGAGACCGACUCUGGGGAACAAGUGUCCGGUGAGGAAGAAAGGAAAGAGUUAGUGACAACAGAAAGGCAAAAAGAUCAGGGAGGCAUCGACUGGAAAUGGGUUGCGAUUGGUGGAACUGUUGCCCUCGUUUGUGGACUUCAAACAGGACUGAUAGGGAGAGCGUUGUUGAUAGGAGCAGGGCAUAGAAUUGCUAGGGGACGGGGGAACCCUAGGCGAUAAAGUGUAACAACCUAUUGAUGGCUAUUGCUAUAACAGCAGAAUUAUACUCUUUGCUUUGGUGUACUUGCGAAUUGUGUUGUAUAACAAGGAGCAGUUUCCGGCUAUAUAAGCUUUACAACAUCAUAUUGUUUUC